AUGGAUAAGAAUUUGGCAUUGAAAGGAGCGGCUACACACUCAUCUACCAUGUCCACCAAUGUAGCUGCAAACGCCAUAGAUGGUAUGAGAUAUAGACUUGAUCUCGCCCCAUCCUGCUCAGUUACAUCAUCUGAAAGUAACCCGUGGUGGAGGCUGGAUCUUCUGGAUUAUUAUGAGAUCAGUACAGUGAUCAUCAGUAACAGAAGAGAUGCCGGCGAUGAUCAAACCAACGGAGCAGAGAUUCGUAUUGGGGACUCACUGGAAAACAGUGGAAAUAACAAUCCUGUAUGUGUUGUUAUUCCUAAUCUUCAAGUCGGCUCAUCGAUUAUUUUCUCAUGUAAUGGGAUGGUGGGACGUUAUGUGAAUGUGUUCAUGCCUACAGCUCAGACUCUCUCUCUGUGUGAGGUGGAGGUCUAUGGAACAGCUUAUCAUAAAAAAACCUUUCUGAGACUGAAGUUUUCCUCCAGUGGUGAUGUAGCUGCUGAGAGCGUCAAAAUCCUCCAUCAGCUCCAGUCUGCUCUGGGAUUGAACAUCUCUGAUUUUAAACUGUCCUGGACACAACUACCCAAGAAAGAGAAACCGAAACAGAAGGACAGAGGCGAGUACACACACUUUAUCUGA